AUAAACUGGUUUCGUGUCAUGUAAACAUAUUUCCUCAUCUCUGCUCGUUUUCACGAUGUUGAUCGGAACUUCCAUUGACAGCAUCUUUCAAAAUGUUGUUUGCAUUAUUAUCAUAUAUGUUAAUGUUACUAUUCUUCCAUGUUACAGUGGGUUUCACAAGCCCAGAAGAUAUCACUCGUUAUCUAGAUUUCAUUUACGUUAUGACUUUUAUCGUCAGGGUGGACUUAUUUUACACACAUGGCAGUGAUUUAAAAGACGAAAGUUUGCAUUUUUGUUUUACUGAUGUCAGAUGUCAUUAUAUGAACAUUUUGUCGGAUAUUACCCAUUGGCUGAGGUAUACCCGUAUUCUAGUCGUCAAGUGAUUGGUUGACAUUAUCCUGACAAUCUGUUAUAUUAUAUUUUGCCAUCCUGUUGUUCUGAGUAUAACCUGUCCUGGGAAGAAUACCAUCUUACACACAACCAGAUGGAGUACUGCGAGAGCCAAGAUUCACGGAGAUAUGAAGUUUCACAGUCCAGGUCUCCAGGCAGUCCCGAUCGACAAUACUGUUCCUCCACCACGCAGCCGCUGGGUGACUCCAUGCUCGGCCAUGCAGAGGAAGGGAUGAAGGAGGAGGACCUCCCUCGAAGGUUGUGCCUUGUUUGCGGGGAUGUUGCAUCAGGCUUCCAUUAUGGGGUAGCUUCCUGUGAAGCAUGCAAAGCAUUUUUCAAGAGGACCAUUCAGGGAAAUAUCGAAUACACUUGUCCUGCAUCAAAUGAUUGUGAAAUUAACAAACGACGAAGAAAAGCUUGUCAGGCGUGCCGCUUCCAAAAGUGCCUGCGAAUGGGCAUGUUGAAGGAAGGUGUGCGGCUGGACAGGGUGAGAGGGGGUCGACAGAAAUACAGACGCAAUCCUGAGCUACCUUAUCAAGUUCAACCCUUACCACCCAUCAAACCAAUCCCCACACUUGAAGAGAAUAAGAUGCUGGAGGCACUGUCAUCAUGUGAACCCGAAAUUCUGCUUGCCUCCCAUGAUUCGAGUUUGUCGGAUCCAGAGUAUCAUAUCAUGAGCACUCUGAGCGAGCUGUAUGACAGGGAACUGGUGCUCAUCAUCAGUUGGGCCAAGCAGAUUCCAGGAUUCACUGACCUCUCUCUCAACGACCAAAUGAGGCUUCUCCAGAGCACGUGGGCUGAAAUUCUAACACUUACACUCACAUACAGAUCCUUGUCAUGUACAGGAAAACUAAGGUUUGCUUCAGACUUCACAUUGGAUGAGAAACAGGCCCGAGAAUGUGGCGCAAUUGAGCUUUACCAACACUGUAUGCAGAUAAUUGAAAGGCUAGAGAGAUUGAGCAUCGCUAAGGAGGAGUACUACAUUAUGAAGGCUCUAGUUCUUGCAAAUUCUGACGUGCGCAUGGACGAGUUUGUAUCACUCAAAAAGUUUCGGGACAGCAUCCUUUCAGCACUCUCUGACUGUGUUGCAGUCAUACGACCAAACACAUCGACAUACCAUAUGCACCAUCUCCUGCUGUGCCUGCCAUCUUUACGUCAAGCAGAUCAGGUAAUCAGACGAUACUGGACGGGUAUUCAUCGUGAGGGCAAGGUACCCAUGAACAAAUUGUUUGUCGAGAUGCUCGAGGCUUAUUUCCGAUAGGACAGGCUCACUCGGACAUCAGACGAGGCUCAGUGUGGUUGGACAUCAGGUCUGUAUUGAUCAGUAUUAUUGAGAUGUGUCUGGAUUUUGUGAUAUGAAUCCAUCCAAGUGACAGGAUCUUCCAAAAGUAUCUGUGGCUCACAGAUGUGAAUAACACUCGAUGUUGAAUCAUGUAACUUUUGAUGACUCAUAUUUUAAACUAAAAAGAAUAUAUAUCACAUUUGUAGUACAUAGUCAUUGAAUGCAAGAAGGUCUGAUUUUAAUUGAGUACACUUAUUUGAGUCUGAUGUGGAACAAAUGAUGUGUUCUAGUGAUUGGCGUGUUUUAUUUAAAGUAAAGUAAUUUUAAUUUUAAGGUGAUGAACAUUAGCUGAUAUGGAAUGCAGUAACAAUAUAAAUUAAAUUUACCAACUUUUAGAUCAACACGUAUCACUUUGGAAGGGAAUUGUUCUCUGUAAGAGGUGAGAAGUACCAGAAAGCUAUAUUAAAAUUUUGUGUUUAAUUAAAUUCUUAUCACAUUUGUUAUAAUUUUCCGUAUCUUUCAUCACAUAAAUAAGAUACAGAGUCAAUGGAUGUUUUUAAUUGGUUGUUGACGUGAGUAUACAUGUAACCGUGUAAAGCAAUCAUUUUGUAUCCAGUAAAAUGUCUGUAGAAAUUAGUGUGAUUGGUUUUGACUAUCUCUGUUCUUGAGAAGAAAAUGUUAUUGUCGGUAGCCAUAGAGAAUAUUUGACAACAGAAUAAAAUACUGCCCCUCAUACACAUCUCAGAAUACUGAUCAAGCACAUGCAGCUGUAGUGUUCAGUUUAAAAUAAUUGUAGACCAGAGGUUCUCAACCGGUAAACAAUAGACUAUGCACACAUUUUUUGUGAUGAUGUGUUAUUUUAUAUGAUGAAAAAAAAUUACCUGAUUUCAGAAAAAGCUGUUUGAUAAUGCCUUAAGUAAAAGUAAAGUUUGUC